UCCAAAACGAAAACACUUCCAAUGUUCUUUACUGUAUCGAGUUGUGAUGCAUUCAUACAAGGCUGAGGUUACACGUCCGUGACCCCUCCUUCCACAUCAGGCCAACCACAGCUUCAUAUUCGGGGCCUGAAAAGUGGCCACGGACAAACCUUAGCUCUAUUCUGCGGCUGCCACAAUAGUUUCUCCUGUCAUUGUGCGUCUAUUCUUUUGAUCUUCCUCUGGCUUCAAUCUCGUGCCCUGCUCUUAAGUUUCGAGGUGAACUUCGUUCGAUCAGGCUGAGCUGGGAUUACUCAUGCAACACCCCGCUGACAUUGCAUGCUUGGCAGAUUCACAUACUGUGCAAAGAUCGGUAAACUGUUGCGCAAAGCUAAACAUCCAGUCGAGUGGAGCGACAAUCCAAAGCUGUACUAUCUGCUCUGGAAGAUCGGUCAAGUCAACCUCUUUGCGAAACUCUUGAAGCAAGGCAUAACGGAUCUGUGGAUACCGUUCACCAAGAAGACAUUACAAGUCGUCCUGGGCAAAGAGAAUGCCAAACGCUUCAGUACUUUUCAAGAAGCCUGUCUAGAUGACGAGUUCCUCUACGAUGAAGACCCGCUGCAACUACCUGGCAGACACCUAUCGCUUGACGAUGCGGAAUCUCUGAGACUGGAAGAGCUCAAGGAACUUGGCAAAGGAGGCCUGGCGAUAGUCUGGAGCGUACGGUACAAGACUGGAGCAUUAUACGCACGAAAGACCAUGCAGCGGAUGAAGAAAUCCGACAGCAAUCUUGAACGAAUGCAGAAUUUCAAACGAGAGCUUGAGGGCAUGCGACGUGCUCAGCAUCGACACUGCAUCAAGCUUGUUGCUUCUUACACAGACACAGAGUCAGUAUCAAUGCUUCUCUAUCCAGUGGCUGACAUGGAUCUGACGGAAUUUUUGAACGGCGACUCAAUGAGUGCUCCUCAAAUGGCCAUCCUCCGACAUUCCGUUGGCUGCAUUACUUCUGCUCUCGUUUACCUGCACGAGAAGAAGAUAAGGCACGAUGACAUGAAACCAAACAACAUUCUUGUACAUGGGUCAAAUAUUCUACUAACAGAUUUCGGAUUCUGUCGCGACACGACUGAUAGCGCGGCAUCUACCACAUACGGUCGUCCAAUUCACAAUGCACUACGUUACUCUGCGCCCGAGGUAUUCGAACAAGACCCGCGUAGCCGCCUAACCGACAUCUGGGGCCUAGGAUGUGUUCUCUUCGAGAUUGUAUCGCGUCUGCGCGGCCACACCCUCAAUCGCGUGGAAAAGUUUUACCAAAUCAAUGGCUCAUGCAUAAACAGCUUCGCCAAUAAUCACGAGGCGACGAAGCUUUGGUGUCAUAAGAUUGCCUCUAAUCAGACAAAAACUCAGCACGGUAUUCAGCGUCGAGAGCUGUUGUUGAUGUCUUAUGUUUGCCAGAUGUUGCUGGAAGCGGAAAGAAGUAUGCGUCCUACAGCAGCUCAGGUUUUUGACAAGCUCAAAGACAUGGAUUUCGUCUACCCUGCUGGAUCGGAUUGUUGGGUAGAUGACUGUUGCGUCCGACAGUCACCGUAUGCACCAGAUGUAGCGGAUUACGAGAACUUUCGUUCUCAGUCGAGUGUACCUGGGCGCGAUCCAUACUUCGCUUACGAUCUGCCGCAGUGGCCUUUGCUCGACUUGGCUGGUUUGGAUGGUCACCUUGCUUAUCUGCUCCUCGACAUGGAUCUUGCCAUUCGAUCGCACAGUGACGAUUUGAACUACCUUCUAUCUGAAGGUAUAUCUGCAGACCUUAGUCGCUUAUUAGUCUCAGAAAAGGACACGAUCGUUCUGCAGAAUGAUGUCCAAGCCAUGCUACGCUUGAUAAACCUCCCCAAACACGUACACGGAGAUGUACACUACGACAAGAUCGAUUAUGCAGUAAUACUCAAAAGCCUGCAAUUCGCACGUAUCCAACAAACGGCCUCCACUGUUCGAUCUUUCAACCUCUUCCAGCCCAAACAGGCCCUACCGAGAUGCUAUACCACUCAGCUGACCCUCACUACUUUCUCCAUGUCAGGACAUCAAGCUAAUGGUACACCAUUUCUGGUCUUAACCUUCGAUCCGAGUGAAGGAGAGCUAGUGGGGUAUUCUUACAGUGAAGGGUCAGGCGGAGUGUGGACUGACGGUCUCAUUGGAUCAGCCUUCGGAGAGAGCGAGAAGGAGCAACGACCAGUGCGCUGGAAGAACAUAACUGAACAGCGCAAAAAGGACCAUCUUCAAGCGACCAACAGACUCCGAGCUGUUAGAAAGGGCUUUGAACACUCCAAGUGUGUCCGCUGUAAGAUCCACGGAUAUGAGUGCAGCGGGCCCGCGCAUGGGGCCUGUGGUGCAUGCCGUCAUGCAAACGAAAAGUGCAGAUACGACCCAAGAGAUAUUGAAAGUGGUGGUGAAAACCAGCGGUACAUCGAAAAUGAAAGACAUGUGGAAAGCAUGAUUGCCGCGCGUUGGGCGAGCUGAGUCCAUAGGCAUGACGACUGCAAAAAGUGCACGUCUACGGUCAACUUGGGCAAUAUCUGGCCGUGCACACACAGCAUAUCGUAUAAACUGGUCAAGGUCAAUAGUUGGAAAUUUGUGUCAAGACUACACAGCGCCCAUGUCGCUUCAUAAGUUGGGUACUGUGGAGUGAAGUUUACCUGAUACAUCACUUGUAGCCAACAUAAUACCCAAGGCUAAAGUUUGGUUAAGCACUACCUACAUUGUAGGCCAAAAAGCAUUCUAUAGCGUUUUCUAG